CAAGAAUUGUAAGCUCCGGAAGAAAAGGAGCUCGAGGGCCCCUCGGCCUGCAAAUUGAGCUGUGGAGGGAACAAUUGAAAUCUCGGAGAUUAGGACCGACGCUAAAGCAAAGAAGAAGUAGAGGUCGGAAGGGGGACUACCUUUCCAUCGACGGAUGAUCUUGUCGACGCUGAGGAGCGCGUCGGAGAACGAGGCCACGAUUGUAGAGAAGAUAGACCGAUGGGGUGGCUCGCCAACGUCGCCAAUGAAACCAGUAGCUUGGCUAUCAGCCACGGGUCCCCGAGUUGUGACGACGGACUCUUUGUCACCAAGGAAUGAGAGAAAGGAGGCCUCCGAUGUGAAAGGGGGGUCGGAGACGACGAUGGAAGCUUACUGGCCGCUGUGUCGCCGUCGUGGCUGCUCGCCGCCAGGAAAGUCGAAAAAGUCGUCGGCGAUGAGGACGUGGCGAAUGGAAAAGAAGACGAAUGAGGAGGAUGGCGUUCUCCUCUCCAACCCUAAGUUGCCAACGGGUUCGCAACUCAGCAUCAGCAGUCCGCAUUUUUGGGCCGAACAUGCCGGUGGAAAGGGUCGGCAAGAAAAGGCCUAGGGUCACGUCAGGGCAGAUAACAUGGAGGCUCCUAAAUGAAGUUGGGCCGAACCCAAUUGUUGAGGAAGGCUGUGAAACAGUACCCAUCUUUGCCGCAGAAGCGUGGUGGGCCACAUGCAUGAUGGGUCGAGUUUUCCUAAUUGAUCUUCAAAUUGUGUUUUCUGACUGGGUCUUCUUUUGAAGAGUACAAAGAGGUCAAUGCAAGAAGCCCAAAUCAAGUAAUGGAGCAUAAUUUGAGGGAAAGGAAACGUGAGAAGCGGUGGAGUAGAGAUGGAGUUAUGACGUCAUCGGUAGGGAGGAUUGAAUUUGGCUACAACCUUGAUGAUAAGGUUGUUUUCAAGCAGUGGGCAUUGAUAGAAACAUACAUUGUUAUAUUUAUUAAUAAAUAAUUAAUAAUGUUAGUUAAGUAGAGUUUGGCGGCCAACGCAUGCCAAUUAGGGUAGGAUUAGUUUAUUAGGUUUUUGGGUUUAUUUUCGAUAAAUAGGUACUUGGGGUUUCAUUGAGAAUGAAUCAAGAAAAGUAUUAAGCAAAGUAUCCCUCUUGAAUCUAAUCUCUCUAAGAUCCUAAUUUCUAUUCUCCCCUAAUCCAAAAUCUCGGUCGGUUCUUGAUUCUUUUUUUUUUUGACAAAAGAUUAUCAUAUAUUGAUUCAACAAAAAGAUAGCUACACCCGGGAAUUCAGCCAGGCAAGAAAAUCAAAAGAUCGGCUUAUAGCCGGGUACAAAGAGAGGGCCUUUCUAGCCACUACAUGGGCUACCCUAUUGUUUUCCCGACCUACAAACCGAAUACUAAAUCCCGUGUGGGCUCUAAAAUACUGCACUAUCUCCGCCAGAACAGCACCCAACCUGUUGUCCCUCGUGUCCGCCGAAUUAAUUUUGUCAAUAAUGACCUUGGCAUCUCCCUCAAAACUGACGUUGAAGAAGCCCAGCUCCAGACACCAGACAACAGCUUGAUUCUAAUAUGUUCUUCUCAUCUAAAUAUCUAAUUAUUUAUCUCAAUACUUAAAUUCCUACUUAUUACGAGUAAUUGCGGGCGCUGACGAUUAGUUCGCAGAAGACAUAGCAAAAUGGAUUCUUUCAAAUUCCAGCCAAUGCAAACAUGAGGCCAUACAUGUUCUUUCUCAUACUUGCUAAGGAUAAAACAACAGUAGAAGCCAUAGCUCACAAGGAACCAUGGAAGGCUAUGUGAUGGAGGAUACGUUUCCUCGCCCCGGAGAACUCGAGUGAUUUAGCGAAAGAACUAGAAAACGCGGUAAAAGAACUACUUUUCUCUACUAACAACUGAUAUUAAUUGAUCGACUAAAUAAAACGAAGAGCAAAGGUACAUAUUUAUAGGGUUAAUCCUACAAACCCUUCCCUCUUGAGACAAGGAAACCCAAACUUAAAACAACAAGUAAACGAUUACUUCCAACACAAGAUAUAAUAAUAAUAAUAAUCCUAGACCAAAACUAAUAUGAACAACCCAAAUAAUAACCGAAUAUCCCAACAAAUAAUAAUACAAAAAUAAUAACGAUAAUAAUAAUACUAAUGUGCUCUGCCCAAGACGAUGUCCUGCAUCAAUCCUGCCCCCUUUUAACAACUUCGUCCCCGAAGUUGCCUUCCAUUUCCGCGCCUCCUUCUUCUUCGACCUUGAAAUCGCCGAUCAUGAAGGAAACGUUCGCGUUGACGCAACGAUGCCCAUGUGUGAACUUCUCGUCACAGUUAUAGCAUAUUACAUCGCGAUGACGCCUCGCAGCUUCCUCCGGCGACAGGUUGCGAAUGAUUCGUGGUGGUGGAGGUGGCGGAACUCUUCCCGACGCCGACACGGUUGGUGGAGCAGUUUGCGGUGGCGCCAAGGACACGCCAUCAGUCGUCGUGGCAGCUCGUGUUGCUCUCCUCGGUCGUCCCCUCUCCAGUCGCAGCUCUUCCACAAGUAUCUUAGCUAGUCGAUACGCCUCACCCGACGUUUGAGGAUUGAAAGCUCGAAUGUAGGCGAAUAUCUCUGGCUUUAACCCACCCAUGUAUGACCCCAUAAUCUCAACCUCGGUCCAACCGCCACAAUGAUUCAGCAACUUCUCAAAAGUUUGUUGGUACUCGUCGACGGAUCCGGUUUGACGACUUUUGGCCAGCGCCUCAUGUCCGGACGACUUCUCCGACGACCCGUACCUCUUCCAUAGCUCAACAUACAGAUUGGCCCAAGUCAUGAAUACUCCGCGAUUCGCGAACUCCACCUCUAGCCACAUAAUCCACUGGUUAGCAUCACCAUCCAUAUGAUAAGUAGCCAGCGCUAAACAUCGCUUGACUCGGCUCCUCGAAUUGACCCAUGUGACCCAUGGGUUGGGUAAACCUAGUUGGUCCACCCGUGUACGGUCCAACUAAUCAACGACCCUGUGGUGGUCCGCCCCUGCUCUCCUGCUCCAGGCCUGGAAUGGUACUCGGCCUGCUCCAAAUGCCUCCUGCCUCAAUCGCGGCCCGCGGAGCUCCUUGCCCGUUGUUGUGCCCACUGCUGGCAGAGCUUGGGCCGCCAAGGUGAAAGUUCUGUCCAGUUCCGCUCGUCCCUGGUUGGAGAACCCCGACCCGCUAGGGUUAAGAGAAGCUAGCCCACCAUCGCCCGGCCUGGUCAUGCCGCCAACUCCCCAGAUCCACGGCUCUGCGAGGCCUAGUCCGCCCAUUCCCACUCCUGGGCCAACCCCGUAGGGCAAAGCCCUAGUCAGGCCCCCAUGCUUUGCCCAAGCCCACGAAUCGGGCUAGGGUUUCCAUGACCACUAGGCUCUAGAGUAGGCCCGGUCGGCGGCCUGCCCCCUUGAGCUCCAGUCGCUCGUCGGCGCCGUAGGUGGCGAGGUUUCACCAGCCAGCGCAUACGGGAAUCCCUUAGCUGAUUCCACCACUGCGCUUUUUUCUCUAGUUAGGCACGCCGUUCGGCGCUCCCAGCUUCGUCCCUGGCGUCGGCGUUGAACUCCGGCUCGUAGGCGAGUUGACCUCAGCAUUACCGAGAACUCCCUUCAGCUUCUCGACCAGCGAAAUUUGGUCGACCGUGCGGCUGCCUUUGGCGGUGUGGUCCAGCUCCUUGGGCGACUCCGGUGCCUUCCUUCCCCACGGUGGAUUGCGGAGAAUCACCAGGAUCGAGCUAACAUCGCCGGCUAGCCGAUUCUGAUCAACGCGGAUGACGUUGAUCUCCUCCUGCAGACGAUCCUGGCCGUCCUGUAGCUUCUCAUGGCCGCAUUGUAGCUGUCCUACGUCGACGCGCAGGUGCUCCAGGGCUGCUUCAUGUUUGCAGUUUAGGGCAUCCUGGGGUUCCACUGGCAGCGAUCGCUUGCUGUUGACCGAGGAGGGCUUGAAUCUGCGGCCCAAUCUCCUCGUUACCGACGACCUCCAUUGAUGAAGACUGCGACGGCGACUUACAUGGUGGCAUGGUCUCCUGGCUUGGUUCACUAGGAAUCAGGCUCUGGUACCAAUUGAUGGAGGAUCGGUUUCCUCGCACCGGAGAACUCGAGCGAUUUAGGGAAAGAACUAGAAAACGCGGUAAAAGAACUACUUUUCUCUACUAACUACUAAUACUUUAUUGAUCGACUGAAUAAAACGAAGAGCAAAGGUACAUAUUUAUAGGAUUAAUCCUACAAACCCUUCCCUCUUGAGACAAGAAAACCCAAACCUAAAACAACAAGUAAACGAUUACUUCGUAGACAAGAUAUAAUAAUAAUAAUCCUAGACCACAACUAAUACGAACAACUCGAAUAAUAACCUACUAUCGCAAUAAAUAAUAACACAAAAAUAAUAAUGAUUAUAAUAAUACUAAUGGGCUCGGCCCAAGACGCGGUCCUGCAUCACAAUGUGAGGAAAAAAACCUCAAGGUAUUUGUCAUCAGACAGUUUUUUUUUUCCAUCUAUGUGGAGUUCUAAUAAUCAUACACCAUGUUAAAAGUUCAUUAGCAGCUAAAGGAAAUAUAUGUGUCACUGUGUGUGUUCUAUAUUUUUGUAACAUGGUCCGAUGCUUUCAGAUUGCAAUGGAGAAAAAAGAACUCCAUCUUGGCAAGUGUAGAUGCAGAGUUAAGGGACAAGGGUUCCUCAUUACUUGCAUCUCUAAUUGGUGGGAAGGUAUGGCACUGAGAUUGUUGGAAUAUGGAAACUACUCAACGUUAGCUUGGUGUCUCUUAAUCCCAUUAUUGAAAUACUACAAUGAUUGGAUUAAACAAAAAUAUUUGCAUGUGAAGUCUAAGUUCAAUUUUGAAGGAUACUAAGUUACCUUUUUUCGUUUUCAAUUGUGGUUUGCAAGCUCUCAUUAAAAAAUUAAAAACAGUGUUGAGCUUGCAUCUUCACUUUAUAUCAUUGCUGAGCUCGAGUUGCUACAGGUAUGUAAUAAUUUCUCGCAUGUUUCUUCCCUAUUCAAAAAUUGUAUCCAAUAACUUGAACUAAUCUCCCUUUGUAAGCACGGUUCCGUAUCAAUCCAGCAACCUGCCAAUCUGAAAAGCUGUCAUGAAUUGUUCAUAUUAUUCACUAUUUGUGCAUGGAUUGGAUGGCUCGCAAAGAUAUCAAAUUUUCUUCUUUUUGUCAAAGUUGACCAAUCUCCGCCAAAAUAUUAAUUCUUUGCAUAUGCCUUUAUUCAUAAGCAUUGCAGAAUUGGUGACUGAAUAGGUUUUAUUGGUUUGUAACAUGCUUGUUUUUGUUUUUGUUUUGUUUUGUUGCAGAGCAAUACAAGGAUUAUCCUAGG